AUGAUCGCGGCCCAAGCCAAGCUGGUCUACCAUCUGAAUAAGUACUACAAUGAAAAAUGCCAAGCCAGGAAAGCUGCCAUCGCCAAAACUAUCCGGGAAGUCUGCAAAGUCGUUUCCGACGUACUGAAGGAAGUGGAAGUGCAGGAACCCCGGUUCAUCAGCUCUCUCAACGAGAUGGACAAUCGCUACGAGGGCCUCGAGGUCAUCUCGCCAACCGAAUUUGAAGUGGUGCUUUAUCUUAACCAAAUGGGGGUGUUCAACUUCGUGGACGACGGCUCGCUGCCCGGCUGCGCGGUGCUGAAGUUAAGCGACGGGCGCAAGAGGAGCAUGUCCCUCUGGGUGGAGUUCAUCACCGCCUCCGGCUACCUCUCUGCGCGCAAAAUCCGCUCCCGGUUUCAGACGCUGGUGGCUCAAGCGGUAGACAAAUGUAGCUACCGGGAUGUGGUAAAGAUGGUGGCUGACACCAGCGAAGUGAAACUGAGAAUCCGAGAUAGGUACGUGGUGCAGAUCACGCCGGCUUUUAAAUGCACCGGGAUCUGGCCCAGGAGUGCUGCCCACUGGCCGCUUCCUCACAUCCCCUGGCCGGGGCCCAACCGGGUGGCGGAGGUCAAAGCGGAAGGGUUCAAUCUCUUGUCCAAGGAGUGCCACUCCCUGGCCGGCAAGCAGAGCUCGGCCGAGAGCGACGCCUGGGUGCUGCAGUUCGCGGAGGCGGAGAACAGACUGCAGAUGGGGGGCUGCAGAAAGAAAUGCCUCUCCAUCCUCAAAACCUUACGGGAUCGACACCUCGAACUGCCAGGCCAGCCCCUGAACAACUACCACAUGAAGACGUUAGUGUCCUACGAGUGUGAAAAGCAUCCCAGGGAGUCGGACUGGGACGAGUCUUGUCUGGGAGAUCGGCUGAACGGGAUUCUGCUGCAACUCAUCUCCUGCCUGCAGUGCCGGCGGUGUCCCCACUACUUCCUACCGAACUUAGAUCUGUUUCAAGGCAAGCCUCACUCAGCCCUGGAAAACGCUGCCAAACAAACGUGGCGGCUGGCACGGGAGAUCCUGACCAACCCGAAAAGUUUGGAAAAACUUUAGAGGAUGAUCUAAUCAAGAGCUGAAAUGUUACUCUUCUCCAAGUCCUCAUGAAAUGAAAACUUCCUGUUCGAGACCUAUCAAAUACUCGGCCAGACAGUGCAAACAGUCUCUUCCUUAAAAAGGAGUAGUACUAUCAACGUGUAAGUAUCAUCUCACCUCUCCCAUCAAGGGGAGAAAAAGAAGCAGUGAAGGAGGUAGAAAAACCCAAACAAGUAUUACAAGACUUCUUUACACACGGUUCCCUAUCUCCCUUAAAAAGUACAGGAUAACACCGGGAAAUCGGCGCCGCUGCAAUGAAGAACCAUGAACACUGCCUUGAUCAAAGGAUUAUAGCAAUUCUGUGAUUUAGGUACAUCUGUCUGUGAGUAAACACGACUUGGAUUUGCCAUCUGAAGGAAAGUGUAAUGUAUAUUUUGGUUUGUAACAAAAAUUGUGAUCUCACAUUGUCUUUUAAAGUGUGGAUGUUGGUGUUUUGUGAUUUGGUGAACAGAACUUAAAUUGCCAUUUUUGGAUACUUCCAGACAUUUUUCACUAACCAAGAUACCAUUUAAAGUUAGAUUUCCUCCUGGUACUUUUAUCUGUCUU